AUGACUAAUAAGCAUAAAUUAGAAAAAGUAAUUUGUAAAUGCAAAGCUUGUUUAAUAAUAAGUGUGCAAGGACGAGAACUUAGUAAGAGAAUUAAAUGCCAACAUGAUAAAGCAGAAAGAUGUUUUUAUAACAAAAAUGGAAAAAUUAUCGGAAAAACAUAUUUUAGAACAAAAAGAACUAAUAAAUCAAAAAAAGAUUUUCUUUAUAAUGAGCAAGAUAUUAUUACCUUACAAUAUCAAGAUUUUUAUGAAGAUCAAGAUUUUAAUGAAAAUCGGAAUUUUUACGAAGAUCAGGAUUUUUAUGAAGAUCAAGAUUUUAAUGAAAAUCAAGCUUUUUAUGAAGAUCAAGAUUUUAAUGAAAAUCAAGCUUUUUAUGAAGAUCAAGAUAUUACUUUACAACAUUAA